CCUUCCCCUCCUCCCCCACCUCCUGCCCCAUUGAUGUGUUAUUAUUGGGGGGGCUGGAGCAGUAAAAAAAGAAGAAGGAAAAAAGAGCGGGGCUCGGCUGGGAGAGGUUGAGCGCGGGGCUGACCGGCGGCGGCGAUGGAAGAACUUACGGCGUUCGUCUCCAAGUCUUUCGACCAGAAAGUGAAGGAGAAGAAGGAAGCGAUCACGUACCGGGAGGUGCUGGAGAGCGGGCCGCUGCGCGGGGCCAAGGAGCCGAGCGGCUGCGCCGAGCCCGGCCGCGACGACCGCAGCAGCCCGGCAGUCCGGGCGGCCGGCGGAGGCGGCGGCGGAGGAGGCGGAGGCGGGGGCGGCGGAGGAGGCGCCGGAGGAGGAGCGGGCGGAGGAGCUGGAGGAGGGCGCUCUCCCGUCCGGGAGCUGGACAUGGGCGCUGCCGAGAGAAGCCGGGAGCCGGGCAGCCCGCGGCUCACGGAGGUGUCCCCGGAGCUGAAGGAUCGCAAAGAGGAUGCGAAAGGGAUGGAGGACGAAGGCCAGACCAAAAUCAAGCAGAGGCGAAGUCGGACUAAUUUCACCUUGGAACAACUCAACGAGCUGGAGAGGCUUUUUGACGAGACCCACUACCCGGAUGCCUUCAUGCGGGAGGAGCUGAGCCAGCGGCUGGGGCUGUCGGAGGCCCGAGUUCAGGUUUGGUUUCAAAAUCGAAGAGCUAAAUGUAGAAAACAAGAAAAUCAGCUACAUAAAGGUGUCCUCAUAGGAGCCGCCAGCCAGUUUGAAGCUUGUAGAGUUGCACCCUAUGUCAAUGUAGGUGCUUUAAGGAUGCCAUUUCAGCAGGUUCAGGCGCAGCUGCAGCUGGACAGCGCUGUAGCGCACGCGCACCACCACCUGCACCCACACCUGGCCGCGCACGCGCCGUACAUGAUGUUCCCAGCGCCGCCCUUCGGACUGCCGCUGGCCACGUUGGCCGCGGACUCUGCCUCCGCCGCCUCGGUGGUGGCGGCUGCCGCCGCUGCUAAGACCACCAGCAAGAACUCCAGCAUCGCCGAUCUCAGACUAAAAGCCAAAAAGCACGCGGCCGCCCUGGGUCUGUGACGCCGACGCCAACGCUCAUGUCGCGCCUCCCCCGCAGCGCCCAGCCUGCCCUCCGCGCCCGCUGCUUCUCUGUCCCCUCUCCGGACCUCCAGAGCCCGCCCUGGGCUCUCUUUCCGCCUCCUGUCCCCUGCGCACCCCGGACCGGGAGAGCCGGACUCCACGCGGGACCCGGGAUCCCCCGAGGCGCACCAGCUCAGUGGCUUCUGCUGGUUUUGCUGGUUCUUCUACCCAAGACCCUAGAAUUCGGUUCUGUAGGAGCGAGUUUGGGGAAAUCUGGAAAGAGACUGGACAAGGAAAUGCUGGGACCGCCAAGUGUGGCUCGCCAGAAAGCUGCAACGGUGGACUCCUGCAUAGAAAUAAGCUUGUUAACUAUAAAAAUGAGCAAAAAUAUAUAUAUCUAAAAACUAGAAAAGACAAACCAGAGAGAAAAGGUGAAAGGGAACAUAUUUCUUAUUGCUAUUUGACAGAAGCUGAAAUUGGAGAGAGCACCAAGGAGUAAAAAAAGUUAAAAAUUAAAGUAUUUUAUACAUUUAAAAAUACAGAAAAAUAACCCGGACGAAUCUCGAGAGAAUGGGAGGCGGGAGGGAGUGUACCAACUUAAAUGUAUGGGUGUCUUUUUUAAUGGGCUAAGAAGGCAAAACGGAAGAGGUAUACUUAUUUAAAAAACUAAGAUGGAAAAGGUGCGCAGCUGGGAAGUUCACAGGUUUUGAAACUGACAUUUUUCUGCGAAGUUCACGUUAAUAUGAGACAUUUGAUAAGAGAGGCGGGCCUCCUUUUACGUUGAAUCAGAUGCUUUGAGUUUAAACCCACCCUGUAUGGAAGAGCGAGAGAGGAUGGAAGACAGUGGAAAAAGAGGAGAAAAAAAUAAUACAAAAAAAUGCCACAGACAAUGUCUCUGAUAAAUUAUUAUGGCAGAACUGUCCGGACUGAUGACCCUAAAUUCUGGUUUGCAUGUUACUUGUAUUCCUUUGAUGAUGUCUCCCCCAUGCCCCCUCUAAUCACGUGCACCAUUUUCAUAUUCAGUGUGAAAAUACGAAAAGCGGAAAUUGAUGUAUAUCCACGUAUAUUUUUUGCCCUGUCUUUGAUUCUGGGGAACAAAAGAAAAAAGUCAGAAAGGAAAAACAUGUACACUCUGUCCUAAGAAGACAGAAGCAGGCAGAAAAUAUGGGGAAAGAAAAAUGAUAAGGAGAUGACCCAAUGAAGAAAUAAUGGAGAGACAGCGCCUGGCCUGGUGCUGGACACGGAGUGGGCACUCAGCCAGUGUUAGUUCACGCCACUCCCCUUUUCUUGUAUUCCCUCUUGCUGGUUUCCUGAAGUCCAAUCAAAGGACUGUGCUUUAUUUUCCCCUCUCUAUCCCAUCAAAUUCACCUCAAACAACACCCAGCUAGAUACAGGCACUAGGUUUGUAUAAAGUAUGUUGAUAUACACGAACAAAGUUUUAUUUUGGCUAUAAUGUGUGAACUGAUGGUUGACUUUCAACAUUUGCAUUUUAUCUCACAUAGGUGUGAUCCUUUCAAGUAAUCGUUUUUUGUUUUUGUUUUUGUUUUUUUUUUUUGGUUGUUUGUUUCAAGUAGCUAUUUAAACUGGGGUACUGCUGGACUAAACAAUCUGUAUCCCAAUUCACUAGCCAGCCUCCUUAGUUUUUUGUUUUAAUCCUUCUAGUUUACAAGAAAGAGGAAAAGCUCUUCUAACUGAACUUUAAUAUGUGGUCGAGCUUUGUAACUAUUUGUUCUCCAUGAAAACAAAAUUAUUUAUAUUUGCCAUAUUUUUUCUAGUGUAUUAAGUUAUUUUAAACAAAAGAUGUUAUCUCAUGACGUGUUGUCAGUACAAAAUGUUUUGGCUCCACCUCUGUUAAACCUUUUAAAUAAGUGCCAAGUUAUUAAUUGAAGACACUUUGCAAUCAGUUGAAUGAAAAUAGUAUUGUUUCAUUUGA